AGGAAUACCACGGAUUAUAAGUAUGGCGCCAAUCUCGCUGAAAAUAGUGUUGGACGAUGGCGCCGUCACCAGAACUCUGAUGUUCGAUACCACAACCAAAGUGGAACAGGCCCACCAUAUUGUUCGGGAGAAAAUAAUCACCAUAGAUCCUGAUAAAGAAUAUGGUUUCUUCCUAACGUCGGCCGAUGAUGAACGCUCUGGUAUCUGGUUGGAGGGCGAUAGAACGCUGGAAUACUACAUGCUAAGAGACGGGGACUCUCUAUACUACUUAAUAAAGAUACGAAAUCUUAGAUUACGGAUGUUAGAUGGAUCAGUGAAGACUCUACAAGUUGAUGAAUCGAAAAGCAUAGAAGAUUUAAUGGUACAUAUCUGUGAUAGGAUCGGCAUCCCGAACAACGAGGAAUACGGUUUGUGCCGUGAAGACUCUGAGCCUAAAGAAGAAUCUAAAUUUUCAACGGGCACUUUGACCUUAAAAAAGAAGACCAUACAGAGGGAAAAGGACGUAAAAUUGGAACAGAUGAGCAAAAAAUUGAAAACGGAUGAUAAUGUGGAAUGGCUGGACCAGCACAAGACCUUACGCGAGUCUCAAGUAGACCCAAAAGAGACCUUACUCUUCAAACGUCGCCUGUUCUACUCAGACCGGAAUGUAGAUUCCAGGGAUCCGGUUCAGUUGAAUCUCCUCUACGUCCAGACCCGUGACGCAAUCCUGGAUGGGAGACACGUUGUUACUGAAGAUAAAGCGGCUGAAUUCGCGGGAAUACAGUGUCAAGUUCAGUACGGAGAUUUUCAAGAAGACAAACACAAGCCGGGUUUCAUUGAGAACUUAAAGGAAUUCCUCCCGGAACAAUACGCAUCAUCAUGGGGUAUAGAGAAGAAGAUCAUCAAGGAGCAUCGUAAACACCAAGGCCUCAGCCAGAUAGAAGCAAAACAUAUUUACACGAAGAACGCGAGAGAGUUGCCAACUUAUGGCGUCACAUUUUUCCUCGUAAAGGAGAAACAGAAAAGCAAAAAGAAGCUGGUACCUAGGUUACUCGGGAUCAACUCAGAAUCGAUCCUGCGUCUGGACGAAGAGACGAAGGAGAUCCUGCAGGUGUGGCCUCUCACUCAAGUCAAGAGCUACCGAGCUGGGAACGAAUUUUUCACGUUGAAUUUUGGGGACUACAGUGAGAAGGAGUACGCAGUGAAAACAAAUGAAGCGUUUCGUAUAAGAGAUAUUCUUCAAGGUUACAUCGACAUUAUUCGGAAGAGGCUGGCUGCGCCGUACAAUGUGACUUACAAUGAGGGUGAGGUGAUUUGUGAGGAAAUGGUUGAAAGUUCAAGAGGUACAUUGACCCAGAACGUGGUCCCAUGUAAAGUGCAAACACACUCUCUUAUCGGUCCGAGUCAAAUAAUAUCUGUUGAUCAAGGGCAAUAUUCACAAAUGGGAACUAAAAUAGUGACAGUGCAUGAGGUGAUAGUAUCCAGACAAGGAGACAGGAGUCAGCAACCAAUGAGAGGUGAAUUCAACAGGUCGAAUAGCAUAGCUCAUGAUUUCGACAAGAAACUUAAUCGUCUUAAUUCUGAGUCAGUCAGGGCUGUUGUUCUUCUCUCAGAUCCCACCAAAGAAAACAUUACAGAAGUAAGAAAUAUUGUAAAUGGCUUCAAAGAAAGCUUACCGAGCAUAUUGAAAGGUGCAAAUGAAACAGCGGCCAACUUAAAAGGAGAGAAAUCAAGGAAACUUCUAGAAGAAUUAGACGAAUUAUGUGCGCAUAUUAAUACCUUGGUCUCCAUGACGAUGAAAAGUGACCUUAGAGAUCCAGAUAAUCUAAUGAUGGCUCAGGAUACUGCAAAAAAAAUUGCAGAUUUAUCCACACAGAUGUUCUUCUCUUUGGAUCCAAAAAGUAAGAGACGCAGUCAAUUGCUCAGGCGUUCCCGUAACAGUUUUAUCUUAGAUGAGAAGACUGAAGCGUCUCUACGUCGCGCCUCUUUCAUAACGGCUGCUGAUAACGCAUGUCAAGCUGUUGAACAUGCUAAAGCUGAAUUAGAUGAGAAAUACAGUGGUCCUCCUCUCAGCGAUGAAGAGCAGAAACGGCUGGAACUAAGAACUGUUGAUAAAAUGGGCAAAUUAAAUGCAGCGAUUGCUCUGCUUCUUAACGCUCACGCUGAUGUAAAAAAUAUAGACUAUGAAAUGGCUGUGAACUCAAUGAAAACAAUCCAUGAACUAGUACCGGACUUCGUUAAAGAUUCGAAAUCUCUUUUAUCCAUUGGAAAUGAAAGUACAAAUAAAAAACUCAGAGGUCAAAUAAUACAACUACUAGAUGGUGCACGAAACAUGUGCAUGCUUACUGGAUCGAAUGAUGUCAAUAAAAUGCACGACGUAGGUAACUACUACGCAGAUGUAUCUAAGAAACUUGUUUUUACAUUUAAUCGACCAAACCACCAUACACCAGAUACAAAUGGCACAUUGAACUCUGAAGACCAGAUUUUAGCAAUAGCUAAGGAAAUCGGGGAGAAAGUAUCCCUACUUCUAAUGGAGGCGGAUGAAUUGAAUAAUUUAGAAUCUAACGAUCCUCAUUCAGAAAUCCUAGAUGCUGCAGGAGUGAAGUGCGCUGACGCUACUCAAGGUCUCCUAGCAUGUGCUAAGCUCACAGCACCUACGAUCCACGAGCCCCACUGUCAAAGUGCUUUAACAGCAGCGGCCGAGAAUCUUUCAUCAUCAGCUCAGAAUCUAGCCUUAACGUACAAACCGUUAGUGGAGAAGCCAGGCAGGCAUGGUUUUGCUAAGCAAUUAGCUGAUCGAGUUUUCGAUCUUGCUAAGGCUUUAGAUAAACUGAAGGGUGCCUAUGCUAACCUAAAUGUGAAAAACAGUGAUAUCUCUGAAGUUGAAGAAUCGAAACUACAACAAAAACAGCGACUACAAUUCGUUGUGACGUCACCAGAAACUAAAAUUGCUUUGAAAGAUGCAGAUAAUGAAUUAAAUGAAAUGAUCAACAUGCUAACGGAACCAAGUAAUCCAAAGAAAACUAAAAACACAGAUGCACGACGUAUUUUAUCUCAAAAAAUGGCACAGUUAAAUGCGGCAAUCGCAUCCCUACUCCAAGCUACUUCUGAUGUAGACAACCCUGACUAUGAUACCGCAGGAGCAGCUGUCAAUACUAUUUGUCAACUUACUCCAAACAUUAUCAAAGAUACAAAAUCUUUACACGGCGAUGUCGAUGACAAAGCCUGGCAAGAAAUAACAGAAAAUCUGAAAAAUAUAGUGGAAGCAACACGAGGACUUUGUGAUGGCACGGAAGACUGUAAUAUUGGGGAUCUGAACGAGGCUGCAACCAAAAUAGCAAGUUCUUCUGGCAAAUUAACCUUCAUAUUUAAUCCUCGUCGCAAUACAAAUAAACAAGAUGAUGUUCUAAAUCUAUCGAGAUCUGCUGUGGAUCAGACUUCUCGCCUGCUAGCCAAUGUGGAUCAGCUCGCAAAGAGAGUUGGUGGUGAUGAAGGUACCAGACUAGACACAGCUGGAGUGCAAGUGGUUGAUGCUGCACAGCAAUUGCUAAAGACUGCUGAGAUAACAGCACCGAGCAUGGAUGACGCUCGUUGUCAAGCGGUAUUACUAUCUGCAAUUGAUCGUCUUUCUGAUCGUGCGAAAACUAUGGAACAAUCUUGGAAGCCAUUGAUCCAAACACCUGAACAUCGUCAAUCUGGAGAAAUAAUUACCCAGGGUCUGAAACAAGUAAAUUUAACCCUAGACAGAUUGAAAGAUGCUUGUCAAGCUGAUAAUGGGAAAGAUUAUGAUGUUCCUAGGGUUUGGGAAUCCGAAGACCAAAAAAAAGAACGACUUAAAUUCAUAAUCCCUACAUCAGCAGCCAAGAAUGCUUUGGUGGAUGCAGAUAAAAAAAUACAAGAGAUGUUAAAUACACAAUUGUUACCAAAUAAAAGCUCCACAACAAGAAAUCACAACGCCAGACGACUUUUAUCUGAAAAGAUGGCGCAAUUGAAUGCAGCUAUUGCCUCCUUAGUCCAGGCAAUUUCUGAUGCAGAGAACCCUGAUUGUCAUACUGCAGGCACUGCCGUUAAUACUAUAUGUCAGCUUACUCCACACAUUAUCAAUGAUACAAAAGAACUACACGGUAAUGUCGAUGAUAAAUCCUGGCACGAAAUAACAGAAAAUUUGAGAAACAUGCUCGAGGCAACACGUGGACUUUGCGGUAACGCUGAAGACUGUAAUAUUAGGGAGCUGAAUGAGGCCGCAUCCAAAAUUGCAAAUUCUUCUGGAAAAUUAACCUUCAUAUUUAAUCCUCGGCGUAAUGCAAAAAAAGAAGAUGACGUUCUUAACUUAUCGAGAUCUGCUGUGGAUCAAGCUUCCCAACUGCUGGCCAAAGUUGAUCAGCUCGCAAACAGUGUUGGUGGAGAUGAAGGUACCACACUAGACACAGCUGGAGUGCAAGUCGUUGAUGCUGCACAGCAAUUGCUGAAGACUGUAGAGAUAACAGCACCGAGCAUGGAUGACGCUCGUUGUCAAGCGGUAUUACUAUCUGCAAUAGAUCGUCUUUCUGAUCGUGCGAAAACUAUGGAACAAUCUUGGAAGCCAUUAGUCCAAGCUCCUGCACACCAUAAAUCUGGAGAGCUACUAAAUCAUGGUCUUAAUGAAUUAAAUAUAGCUUUAGAUAAACUGAAAAAAGCGUGUCAAGCUGAUACUGGAAAAUAUGAAGGUGCUUUCACUGAAAAUGAAGCAAGGGAUAAAGAACAGAAGGAAAAGGCGCGAAUUCAUUUUAUCACAACAUUAAAAGCUGCCAAAUCAGCUAUGGUUGAUUCAGCGAAAGAAAUUAAAAAUGCAAAUCUACCUUCAGAUAAAAUGUAUGAAAAGAACAUUAAAAAGAAUAAUAUCCCAGCAACAAAUAAUUUAAUAUCUCAAAAGCUAGCGACACUGAAUGCCGCUAUCGCAACUCUGCUGCAAGCUACUUCAGACCGUGAAAGACCUGACUACGAUGAAGCUGUAAGAGCAAUCAACACUAUUUCAACUCUAACUCCCGAUAUUAUAAAAGAUGUAACGCCCCUCCGAAGUACUAUGGACGAUAAAUCAUGGAAGAACAUAACGGAUAAUCUGAAAUGUAUUGUGGACACAACAAGUGAGAUUUGUGAUAAUGUCGACAAUCCACAGGAAUUAAAACAAUCAGCAUCUAAAUUUGCGAACUCCGUUAGUAAGCUGACUUACGUUUUCAAUCCACGCAAUAAUCAAAAGAAGGAAAACCAGAUUCUAGAUUUAUCAAGAGACGCAGUUGAACAGAUUUCAUUGUUAUUAUCAAACGUUUAUCAACUUGCUGAGGGAGUUGACGGUGAUGAUGGUGAAAAGCUUGACAAAGCUGGAGUGAGCGUUGUCGAUUCUGCACAGAUGCUGUUGAAAAUUGCUGAGAUCACAUCACCAAAUAUGAGCAAUGAACACUGCCAAGCGGCAUUACUGUCAUCGAUAGAUCAGGUCUCAAGCCUUGCUGAAGAUCUUAAAACAACUUGGAAACCACUCGUGCAAACACCGAAACAUCGUCCAAUUGGAAAACAACUUGAUCAGAAUCUUAAUAUAGUUCAAACUACACUAGACAAGUUAAGGGUAGCUUGUCAGGAAAUUGAAGACGUUGAAGAAUCUAAGCCUUAUCAACUAAGCGAUUUAUCUGAUGCGAAGAACAAAAUCAAAGAAGCUGAGAAGUUAUUUUCAGAGGAUAAAAUGUAUGAGCAACGAGCCUUACAAGCAGGAAACAAGAACAUUGUGACAGCUGAUAAGCCUGUAUUAGAAAAACGUCGACAGCUCUCCCAAAAGUUAGCUCAACUCAACGAAGCCGUUGCUCUUCUAUUACAAGCAAUGUUAGAUCGUGAGAAUCCCGACUACGAGAACGCAAAACAAACAAUAAGUAUUAUAUCGAACUUAACACCAGAUAUUGUUCAAGAAACUAUCAACCUACAAGGUAGUAUGGACGACAACUCCCGUGAAAUAUUAUUUAAAGAAGCCAAAGAUUUAUGCAGCGCAAGCCAGGAGAUCUGCUCUAGCGUUGAGAAUAACAAUCUAGAGGAACUCAAUAAGGCUGCUACCAAAUACGCUCAAUCAUCAGGCAAAAUACACUUCAUUGUUAGCCCUCGCUCGUAUCCGAACAAAGAAAAAAAGAUUCUAGAUAUAUCACGAUCUGCUUGUGAGAGGACAUCUCUGAUGCUUUCCCGCGUGUCCCGUCUCGCUGAGAUCAUUGGAGGGAAUGAGGGUGAAAAUCUGGAUAUAUCUGGUGCCAGGGUUGCUGAUUCAGCACAGACACUUCUGAGUACUGCACAGGUGACAUCACCGUCCAUCAGCGAUCGUAACUGCCAAUCGGCGUUAGCAUCGUCCGCUGAUACACUAUCAGACAUGGCUCACGACUUGGCAAACAUCUGGAAGCCAUUGAUCCAGAAUCCGAAGACUAAACAAAUUGGAGAACAACUUACCAGAGACAUAGAUCUAUUAAGGAAUGAACUUGAUGUACUCAAAGAGACUUGUCAAGAUAAUACUGAUUUUAAUGAGCCUUUAGAACCGACACAGAUUUCACAACAACAAACAAUACGAGCCCAUAAAAAGGAAACGGUUCCCAAUAUCCAAGACAACAUGGAAAAUAUUGAUAUGCUUUUAGAAGAUAUAUACAAAAAUACUAAAGGAGACAAUAAACAGCAUCCGAUAGUUAUCGAAGACACACCUCUGAGGCAGUUAGCCAGCAAGAUUAUGGAGUCUGCAAAGGCUAAAUCGGAAUCUAAUAAAUACUCCGCUGAUGAGCGUAAAAGAUUUGCUGAUAUUGCAAAUCAAUUGGCCGCUGCUAUUAAUAAACUUGAUAUUGCCAAUGCAAGGUGUCGUGACACCCCGUUUAGCUCAAGGCAGAAAAACGAAAGAGCACUGCAGUUAGAAAAUGCAAUACUGAAUCUUCAAUUAAUAUGUAUUCAAUCUCGUCAGAAAGAUGGUGAAAUUAGCAAUAUCGUUGAUUUAACGGAGUUCGUCGAUGACGUCACAUCCGCAGUGAACGAUUUACAUAGUACCACGAAGGGAAUCAAACAAGAACAUGAAAGAGACGCUAUCAAGGAAAUAAACAAUAAAUGCCAGCAAAUACAAGAAAACGCUACGAAACUUAUGAAUCCACAGAAUUCAAAUAAAGAUGGAAACAUGUUUGACGAUGUACUUCAAAUUGAUCAAUUCGCAAUGGACUGCGAUGAUCAGGUGCAAUCAAUAAAUGAAGCGUUACCUAAAAUUGAUGAUGAGAAUACAAGACAAAUUAUUAAGAAUAAACUUAAUGCUAUCGAAGAGAAAUGUAAUCUGCUAAGUUUUGCGGCCAAGAGCAGCAUCUCAAACGCUGAAAGUGCUACUCUAGAAGAAACUCUAAGAAAUCUUGAAGACGUUGAGAAAAAGAUUGAAGUAAUUAUGAAACCUGAUGAUGGCAUAACAGAACAUGAAAACCAAAGUAUAACAAAUAACAACAAGCAGACAAUACAAACUGCUCAAUCAUCAUUAGCGACAGUUAUCGCGGCUGGCAAUGAUAACAAACUUCCGAAGGCUUUGGCGCGGUACGCAACACAAAUGAAAAGUAUUAACCAAACCAAUGGAAGAAAUAGCAAGUUAAAGGAACAUCUCGAUAGAUUAUUAGAUGCACUCAAGAUGCAAAUCACGGCAAAGAAUCGACGAGUUGUGACGUGGCAGGAUGUGAACGACGGAGAAGUUUCUGAAAUCACAGGGAAGAUAUUAAAGGAGCUAGAAAGCUAUGCGCAAGAUAUACAACAUGGUCAUCAAGUUGACAAUAGAACGCCCACUGCCUUAAACGAAAACCUCCAGGUCGUAAAUGACAGUGAUAUAAAGUGCUUACUUACACCAAAUACAUCAACUGUAACGGGUGAUGAAAGAGAAUUGAGAACUAAAUUCAAUCAACAAAUUCAGAAAUUGAACUCUAUGACCGGGACUAUAAUGCUCAGUUUAAGUAAACCGGAGUCACUAGCUCGAAGCCUUCACAUUACUUCGGAAGCUGCCACAUAUUUAUCGAGUAUAGCUAGAGGACUUAAAAAUCAAGAUCCAGUUCAAAAUAAAAGAAUCGAGGAAGCUGCACAGGAAAUGAGUAUCGCUACGUAUAAGCUCUUGAAGACAGCAGAAUCAGUUUGUCAUACUCCAAAACAUCCUGAAUCAAGAAGAAGGCUGUUAGAGGCGUGCAGUUUAUUGAAUGAUUCCUUGAAUAAUCUAGCUCGAGCAGCAGUACCAGCUGAUAAAAUGAAGCGUGACUGCAGCGAGUUGACACGUAGCUUGCAGCUGCAGCAAAGCUUCCUCACUACUGAGAAUCCUUCUUGUACACUCAGCUACACUGAUUGCUUUGAUGCCCUACAAAAUCAGCAGGAUGUCAUAAAUAAACUGAAAUCUGAGCAGCCCAUGUCCCGAAUGGAAUGCGGUACUACUCUGCGUUAUGUGUCAUCUGCGAUAUGCAAUAGUGCAGAAUAUGCUUCACAGAGUGCUUACCUGUUGACUUUGUCCAAAGACGACCAAAAUGCAGCAAAACUAGGUUUAGUGGACGUGCCUUAUAUAAAGAAAUUAACAGAUUCAAUAAACGAAACUUGCGUUCAGAUUAUUUGCAAUGGAUGUGAGAAAGAGACAAACGAACAGGCUGCUUUGAACAAACAAGUACAGCAGUUACAAGAAGCUAUAAAUAACGCUAGCACAAAAUUAAAAGUGAAAGACAAUAAGGAGUUGAUAGAAAAUUCAAGAAAGCUUCAGGAUGUUUUGAAGUGUUUGAAUGAAGCGUUGAAUUCAAGCACAUUAGAGGAGGACAAAGUUACGCCCACAGCAAUGAAUGUGAUAGACACGAUUAACAAAAUAAACAACAGUAUUGACAAUCUUCCACAACCUAAAGUAGACAAGGAUCCAAAAGCUUCUGCAAAUUCUAAGGAGGUUCUCGACACUACAAGGAAUCUAAUGAGCAAAACGUCGAUGAUGAUAAGGAAAGCCAGCUCGUGUGAGGAGGAGGUGAUGACGUGGGUUAUGUUUGGUGGCAGUGACGUCAUCCAGGCGUUUGAAUCACUAAUCAUUUGUAUCAGGGAGAAGGGAGCUGAAGCUGGACUGAUAGAAUCGUUGGAGACGAGUGAGAAAUUAAAUGCCCCAGUAAAGAGCUACGUGCAGACUCAAAUCGAUUCAGCGAUUUCCUGGCUCCGUAGACCAGCAUCUAAAGAGAAUGUCAAAGCUGAUGGCGUGACAGGAGCUGAAAAUAUCGUUAAAAUGGCAGAACAGAUGAACGAAGACCUUCAUGGUGGUGAAAAGGAAGAAAUGAAACAAAUAAUUGUUGAAACUAAGCAACUGUUAAAAGAAUGUACCGUCAAAUACAACAGCGAAAAGGCAAGUCUUUUGAUGGAGCGUCUGCGAGAACUUCGUAAGAUGUUGGAGCGAGGUGUGGUGACGAGGGUCGUAGAAGACUUCCUCGAUGAAGAACCCCUUGCCAAUUUGGAGACAAUCGUCCACAAAGAAAAUGAUGAGAAGAAACGCAGGUUCCUGUUGGAAAAGAAGAUAGCAGAACUCCUAGCGCAGCUGGGUCGAGUUACAAAAACGGCGAGGUUCGUCGCGGACACCGGCAACGCGCCUAGACACGAGCUGAUGAAGACUAGUGACCAGGUGGAGCUGUUAGCGCCUUCCUUAGUCAAAGCGGCACAGCAAAGGGUUCAGAGCCCUGAUGACAAGUUCGCUAUAGAACACUACCAGAAAUUGUUAGCCGAGUAUGCUGAUUCUUUGUCGAGGGUUCGAGAAUUAUGUGACAAAGCUGUCGAUCCAAUUGAAUUUUCGCAAGCUGCAGGAGAAACUAUGCAGCGUAUUAAAGAAGAAUCCCAUAAUGACCCUCAGAAAAGCGUUCAUUCGCCCAAAGUUAUUUUGAGGCUUUGUAAGAGAGUGGUAGACGUCGGAAUGCAUUCAGACCUCGUCCGCAACGACCCUGAGCUGAAGAAGACUCUCAUCGAUAUCAAAACGGCUGUUGAAACCAAGCAAUCGGAUACGAUGCGUGCUGAUUGGAGAGAUAUCACCGCUGAAAUUAUGAGAAGAACUGGGCAAGUGGAAUCUGUUUUGGGAGGAGAGAAUAUCUUCUUGAAACAACCAGAGCCAGAUCAGCCUAUUUAUGCUGCGGCGCUGGACUUGCACUCGGCGGUACGAGGUUGGUCGGCCCGCGACAACGAGAUCGUGGCGGUCGCCAAAAGAACUGCAGUACUCAUGGCGAAGCUCUCCGACUACAUGAACACGGGUAAUAAACGAGACUUAAUAAAUACGUCAAACUCAAUCGUGGCUGAGUCUAGGCAAGUCGCAGAUCUGGCGAAGAAGCUGGCCUUGGAAUGUUCAGAUAUGAGAAUCAGGACGAAUCUUUUGCAAGUAUGUGAUCGCAUACCGACCAUCAGUGGCCAGUUGAAGAUGCUGACGACAGUAAAGAGCUCAUCUCUUGGACAUCAAGGAAGCGUAGAAGACCAAGAAGCUAUGAAUAUGCUUGUGGGUAAUGCACAAAAUCUUAUGAUCAGUAUCCAAGAGGUGGUGAAGGCUGCUGCCAGCGCCUCAGUGAAAAUUAUGUCCCAGCGAGGAUGCAGGAUGAAGUGGAUCCAACGAUCGUAUUACUAAUACGUGAUUCAUGUUAGUUCAUUAAUCUUCAAAAUUGAAAUAAAUUGUUUUAUCUAAAUAUACGCAAUCGAAAAAU